AUGAUCCUGAACCGAUAUAAGCUUCGAGAUGACAUCCACAAUGUGACCUUGUCUGGGGUGGGUUGCAGUGCUGGAUUAAUCUCGGUGGGGCUUGCAAGAGACCUCCUUCGAGUUCGACCAGCAGCACAGCAUGGUGCUCACGCUCUGGUUGUGUCUACAGAGACCAUAACGCCCAACUUCUACAAGGGAAAGAACACUAGCAUGCAAGUUACCAACAUCCUCUUCCGCAUGGGCGGCACAGCUGUGCUGCUAUCUACAUCCAAGUCUAUGGCGCGGUUUCGGAUCGCACACCUGGUCCGGACCACCACAUGUGCUGAUGACAGUUCUUACCACUGCAUCUUUCACGAAGAAGAUGUUGAUGGCACGCUAGGCAUGAAUAUAUCUAGAAACAUCUUAGCUACCGCUGCAUUGAAGGCCAACUUCACUGCCAUUGGGCCACUAGUUCUUCCACAUUCAGUUCAACUAUUUUACAAACUGUUUCUCAUCAUGAUAAAGUAUUCCAAUGGACGGGUCAAGCAAUACCAUCCAGACUUCCGAAAAGCAGUCCAGCACUGGUGUAUCCACCCCGGGGGACGACCAAUGAUCGACAAGGUUCAGCACAGCCUUGGUUUGUCAGACGAGCAGAUGGAGCCGACGCGUAUGACACUCCAUCGGUUUGGAAACAUGUCUAGCAGCACAAUUUGGUAUGAGUUGGCUUACAUCGAGGCUAAGGGUCGAAUGCGCAAGGGUGACCGGGUGUGGAUGCUUGGCAUUAGCUCUGGCUUCAAGUCCAAUAGCGCUGUUUGGGACUGCAUCCGACCAGCAGAGGUGGACAAGGCGUGGGCUAGCUGCAUCUAUAGAUACCCAGUGGCUACCCCCACAGAAGCUUUGAAUACUGUCUCGUGA